UUCAUACUCUAUUCCUCUUCUGUUAAAUCUCGGGUUAGGAAAGCCGUGGGAGAUGGAUUCCGGGAUUUAGCAGAGUUGAUGUUCGCGAGAGGGAGGAAGGUAGGGGUUACCUUCUUCGAUGUUUUUGGGUUGGAGCAAAUGUGUAGAAACGGAGAGAAGGAGGUCCACACCGCCGCGAUCCUGUCGUUGCCUUUCUAGCUAGCUCCACUCGCAAAUGUGUAGCAAGUUUCGGUCGCUAAGUCGUCGGGAGCAGGGCGAAGGAGAGCCAGGCGAAGUUUUUGGGCAAAAUCGGGAGUCGGCAGGCUUCGGUGGACAGAAGAGGCGAGAGAGGUGAGGUUUGUUUGAUGCCUUAACCCGUGAUCGACCUUCUCUAAAUAGUCGCGGGAAGGCGGACCUCAUCUCCGCCGCAACGCACACACUUCUAUUGCGAAGUAUCGUCUUGUCAUUUACUCCUGUUAACAAUCCUAAUCUCUCUUUCCAAAAUCUAUACCUCAAUGGAAGCUGGAGCUUCUCUCGCAACCACUACCUCCCUUCUAUCAUCACCUGCUUCGCUUUCUUCCGCCGCCAGCAACUAUUGUUCAAGACGGGUUUCAAUCCUUCCCGAUCGUGCGUGGAACACUUUGGCUGUUCGAAGGAUUACUCCGUUGAACUCUUGUUGCAAAGUGUCCAUGUCGACGAGCAUCAAUACUUCUGGAAUGGAGAUAAGGCAGAGUUUCAAGGAAGAGUUUCAUGACUCCGGAGACUUUAGCAUUAUGGCUUUGUCACCUUUAGAUGGACGCUACGUACAAAAGACCAAGAGUUUACGUCCGUUCUUUAGCGAGUAUGGGCUGAUUCGUUUCCGAAUUAUGGUUGAGAUCAAGUGGCUAUUAAAACUUUCAGAAAUUCCUGAGAUUGAAGAGGUCCCAAACUUAAGCGAGGGUGCCCGGUUUUUUUUGAAAGAUUUAAUUGAUAAUUUCUCCAUAAAAGAUGCCUUAGAAGUGAAAAAGAUUGAGGCGAAAACUAACCAUGAUGUUAAGGCAGUAGAGUAUCUUCUGAAGCAAAAAUGUGGAGCCUGUCCUGAGGUUGGUGAGGUACUAGAAUUUUUUCAUUUUGCAUGCACAUCCGAGGAUAUAAACAACUUGGCUUAUGCAGUUUCACUCAAAGAGGCGCUUAAUAGUGUCGUACUUCCCGUAAUGAUCGAGCUAUGUAAGGCAAUAUCUAAAUUGGCUAAGGAGAAUGCAAACAUACCAAUGUUGUCUCGUACUCAUGGACAGCCAGCUUCACCAACUACAUUAGGGAAGGAAAUGGCAAACUUUGCUGUCAGAUUAAGCAACCAAGGGAAAAUAGUUUCUGGAGUUCGUAUAUUAGGGAAGUUUGCUGGAGCUGUUGGAAAUUACAAUGCCCAUAAAGUUGCUUAUCCCAACAUUAACUGGCCAACUAUAGCAGAAGAGUUUGUAACAUCUUUGGGGGUCGGAUUCAACCCUUAUGUGACGCAGAUUGAGCCUCAUGACUACAUUGCGAAUUUGUUCAAUGCUAUUGUCCUAUUCAACAACAUCUUAAUUGAUUUCAAUAGAGAUAUUUGGAGCUACAUAUCAUUAGGUUAUUUCAAGCAGAUAGCUAAGCCUGGGGAGGUUGGUUCUUCCACCAUGCCUCACAAGGUUAAUCCUAUUGAUUUUGAAAACAGUGAGGGCAAUUUGUGCUUAGCAAAUGCUGUCUUAUCUGCUCUUGCCAUGAAGUUGCCCAUUUCGCGCAUGCAGAGGGACCUAACUGAUUCCACUGUUUUGAGAAAUAUGGGAGUUGGUUUAGGUCAUUCUCUCCUGGCUUAUUCAAGCACUUUACAUGGGAUUGGGAAACUUCAGGUUAAUGAAUCUCGUCUUAAUGAGGACUUGGAGCUCACUUGGGAAGUACUUGCAGAACCGAUACAAACCGUGAUGCGUAGAUAUGGUAUCCCUGAACCAUAUGAGAAACUGAAGGAUUUCACAAGAGGAAGGGCUAUCACCAAAAAUAGUAUAAGAGAUUUUAUAAAGGAUUUAGAUUUGCCUGAGAAGGCUAAAUCAGAGCUGCUGGAGCUCACUCCUCGGUCUUACAUAGGAGAAGCAGAGCAAUUGGCACAAGUCGUGGAUCAUGCAAUUCAUUUGGUGAGUGGAUUCAGAUUACAGUAAAAACUUAAAAAGUUUUUCAUUGAGAAAUUCUUGCAAAUUUGCAAUUAAUAAUUACUAUAAUAAUAAAUUUUCAGUGUCUUUUUUUUCUAUGUUUUAUGUAUAAUGUUUCAUAGAGAAAAAUGAUUCAUGUAGCCAACCCCACUUACUGGGAUGAAGGUUUUGUUGUUGUUGUUGCAAGUAUAAUGUUUUGAUACUUGGCUGGUAAUUAUAAGGAUUUGUAUUUUUUUAUGUUAUGGAGUGAAUUUUACGAG